AUGAUGGGCUUCCAUGAAAACUUGGUUGCCCUCAACUGCAUGAUUGAUGGGUUGUGUAAAGCUGGUCAUAUUGAUCGUGCAAUGGAAUUGUACAAAUCAAUGGAGACUAAAGACUCUGUUACCUACACCUCCUUGGUGCACAAUCUUUGCAGGGCUGGAAGGUUCCGUUGUGCAUCCAAGCUUAUGAUGAAAUGUUUAAAAGAUGGCAAGAAAAUACUCAGGGCUACCAAACGAGCUGUCCUUGCUGGUCUUCGUAGUUCAGGGUAUACAGAUGAAGCAAAGAAACUUCAGUGGAAAAUUCAACACCAUGCGAAAGCCCCCGCUUUAGUCAUAUUCUUAAACAUCAGUUGUUUAGGGCUGGUAACUUGCUCUACGAAGCACAGAAUAGUAAUAGUGAAGAGUAAUGGUGAAUCUGAAUUGGAGUGGUUCUGCCGGUGUCUACGAGGGAAAGACUACUCCAACAAACAAAUAGUUGCUAUGUUCAUGAAUGACUGGCCAAGUCCAGAAACAUUUCUCAAAUGUAACUGGUUAGCAUUAUUGGGAGCAGUUUGGAUAGAACUCAGGAUAACCACUCCUGGAAGACAUCUCAUGGUUACACAAGAGAGAAAUACAAUAGCUAUGAUUCCCGAACAGGGAAAAAACGAUGGUUAA